GAAAGUGCGAAUUGAUUGGUAUGUGUGCCAGCCGGCAAGCGUGCAUCGUCGCGUGGUCUGUGUUCCAGUACCGCGCGCUCCUGCUGCGUGUUCGAAUCGUUAGUCGGUUGCAGUUUUACGCGGCGUUACGAGCAUCUAGAUUGUGUGCUUGAAGCAAUGAGAGAGUUUUACUACGGUGCCUUACAACCUGCGUAAGUCCAAGGUGACACAUCACGGCGUCAGCGGGUACCUGCGUCGAGCCAAUUCCGCGCACAAUAAAACUGAUUUCAAUCGUCAGUUUUUGACAUCAUGUCGGGCGACGCGGACCUCAGCGAGCAACCAGUAAAUGACAAAAGGCAAUUUAUUGCGGCUUUGGAUGUUGGCACGACAACCUUGAGAUGCGUAAUUGUAGAUUCCAAUGGCGAUACAGUUAGUACAUAUUCAGUACCUACUAAAUUAAUACAUCCACAAGUUGGUUAUGCUGAAAUUCCACAUGAAGACCUCUGGAAGGAUACUGUAUUUGUGAUCAAAUCUGCCAUUGAAAAAGCAAAUUUAACACCGUCCGAAAUAAAAACCCUUGGAAUUACCACCCAACGUGCGACCUUUAUCACAUGGGACCGUGAAUCUGGCAUACCAUAUCACAAUUUUAUCACCUGGAAAGAUAUCCGCUGCAAUGAAUUAGUAAAAUUAUGGAAUCGUUCUUUCAUGUUUAGAUCAUUCAAAUCGGUUGCCUAUACUCUCUAUCUCUGCACACGCAACCCGCGUUACCUUGCCGGAAGCUCAAUCAAAUUCACCAGCUCACAUACCACGAUGCGUCUGCUCUACAUGUUGGACAACAUACCUGCCAUGCGGAAAAAUAUCAAAAAUCUUAUGUUUGGCACGGUGGACACAUGGUUAUUGUAUAAACUCACUGCCGGAAGACAAUAUGUCACUGAUUAUGGUAACGCCACUAGUACCGGACUCGUAGAUCCGUUUGAAAUGGACUGGAGUACGAUUAUGCAUAAGAUACUCAAUAUUCCAAGACAUAUAUAUCCAGAGAUUGUCGCCAAUGAUUACGAUUUGGGAUAUACCGAAGAGAAUGUUUUUGGUGUAAGAAUUAAGAUUGGUUCAUUAAUGGCCGAUGCGCAGACAUCUAUGAUUGGGACCUGUUGUUAUUCCGAUGAUAUUUUGAAACUGACCAUGGGUACUGGUACGUUCUUAAAUAUUAUUACACCUAAACUACAUCCAGGUGUGACUGGAAUAUAUCCAGUGGUUUAUUACAAGCUGGAGGACAAAUUGUGUUACAUGGCUGAAGCAGCCUGUAAUGAUACUGGAACUGUAAUAACUUGGGCAUUGAAGUCCGGAUUGUGUGAAAAUCCUGCUGAAACUGCAAACAUGGCGUCUUCGGUGACGAACAACGAUGGAGUGUACUUUAUUCCAGCGUUUAGCGGCUUAGGUCCACCAAUUUAUGACGAAAAAGCUGCUAGUGGUUUCUUUGGAAUAAAACCUACCACUAGACGAGAGCAUAUGGUGCGCGCCAUUUUGGAAAGUAUAGUUUUUAGGAUUAUGCUUCAGUAUGGAACUUUACGGAAUGAUUUAGACAAUGAAAUUAAUACAAUAUAUGUUGAUGGUGGCGUAUCGAAAAACAAUUUUAUCUGUCAACUACUAGCUGACAUGACGGGAAUAGUCGUUGAAAGAGCCAUUUCUUCUGAGAUGUCAGUUUUGGGAGCUGCUUAUAUAGCAGGAUUAAACACAGGAAUCUGGAAAAGUAGAGAGGAAUUGUCCAAAAUGCGUCGCGUUGAUUGUAUUUUCCGCCCGACUGAAGACAAAAAUGUACGCUCUGCACAUUUCCGUGAGUUUGACACAUGGCAAAAAGUAAUUGAACGAUUUAAAGGAUGGUAUCCAUGACAAAUAAGACUAAAGUACGAAACGUAGCAUUCCGAUCACAAUGUUUAUUGACUUGUGUUGUUGAUGUUUUUAUGCUAAUAUUUACAAAGUGGUGUUUUAUAUUGUACAAAUAAAGUUUUCACUUUUUCACAAA